UUUGUCAUUAUUUGGCGCGCUCACAUUUCUCUUGUUGAAAAUCAAAAGGAUGAAGUUAAGUAACUGCACUGACGAUAUGUACCCAGUCAAGUUGAAAAUUUACAAAUACUUGUCUCUCGGACUAAUAAGAACUGCUAGUUUUCUAGCAAGCAAGCUCUAUCACGCUACUGAACGAUCUCCAGAUGCAAAGCUCAUCUACCUCAACUGUCUCCUUUUGGGUGGAGAGUUUAAAAGAGCAAAUAGCUUUUACAGCACACAAAGUGAAAAUAUUUCUUCUUUAAAAAAGCUUGACAGAAUCUUUUUUCUUCGCAGCAUCUUGUCUCACCAAGACACGAAGCAGCAGUUGAACGGUGAUAAGGAUAGCCUGCUAGAGUCUUUUUUUUCAAGAAAACUCGAAGACCACGAAAACUUCGACUCAAGAAAAUCGAAUGAACAGUCAUUGCCUAUUUCACUAGAUUCUUCUUUUGUUUUAUUGGAAGAAAACAGUCGUGAAGUGGAAGCAGCAUAUUGUUAUUUGCAAGGAAAAGCAGCUUUACAACUAGUUAGGAAGAAAGAAGCAACAGAACUGUUGAAAGAAGCUCUUCAGUAUGAUUGUUUUUGCAUCGACGCGAUAGCUACUUUGUCAGAAAGUGACUUGUUGACAGAAACAGAAAAGAGAGAGCUUGUUUUGAAUUCAAAACUAUUGGAAGAUGAAUCUUGGUUGCAACUUUUUUAUUCAGGACUUCUUAAAUGUUCUCUGAGUAGCUUUUAUGAAAUUGCAAGCUUAAGAUUGAAUUCCUUGACCAAUGAGACGGUUCCAAAACGGUUUUACCUUUCUGUAGAGUCUAUGCAAAACGUUCUUGCGAGUUGUCAUUCCCAUUACUUCUGUGAGGACAAUCUAAAAAGGUUGUCAUCAGAUACGGACUUUUUAAUAACGAUAUGUGGUUUUUUGUAUUCACAAAAACGAUUUUCACAUUGCGACCAAGUUCUGGACAAAGUAUUGACCCAAGAUAAAUACUGUUCUUCUGUGUAUACAUGGAAGGCAGCAUGUUUGUAUGCCCUCGGGAAAGUCCAUGAGCUGUUUCGUUUCGCGCAUUGGUUGGUUCGAGAGUUCCCCCAGUCGGAAUGUUCUUGGUAUGCUGUUGGUUGCUAUUAUUUGAGUUGUAAUCAAUAUUUUCAGGCAAGACAAUAUUUCCAGAAAGCAACCUCGCUACGACCAUCAUGGUCUCUUUCAUGGAUAGCUCUAGGACAUGCAUUUGCAUUUCAAGAUGAAAGUGAUCAAGCUUUGGCUUCUUAUAGGACCGUGUAUCGCCUCUCUUCACUCAGUUUCGAUAGUGUUUUAUUUAUGGCAAUCGAAUAUUUGAGACAAAACAAUUUUUCGCAGGCACAGCGUUUGUUAGAACAGGCAUCGAGUAUCGCACCCUCAGAACCUCAACCUUUUCAUGAAAUGGGUGUCUUACAUUAUCGACAAGAGAACUUUGCAAGUGCGAUUGAUAACUUUCAGAGGUCAUUACAACUAACGAAGCAAAUGAUUGGCGAUAUUCCAAGUGCAUAUCCAGAGUUGAGUGGCUACUUUAGUAUGUUGACUGCUUCUUUGCUAGGUUUAGGACACUGUUACCGACGUCAAGGACUAUAUUCAAAAGCAUUAGAUACCCUUGAAGAUGCUUUAACGAUUGCUCCACAAGACCCCUACAUUUGUUCUGCUAUUGAGACCUUUUGGUGGAAUCACUAUUGGAACUUGGCAUGAAAUCUUUAACAAACACUUGUCUU